UUGAUACGUAUCGUUUGCACAUUGCAAGUUUCCAACUUUUUGUUGCCAAGUUUUCAAUUAAGUAUUGCAUUUAAUUUGAACUUACUGGCCGGAGAGGUAUGCACUUGCAUAAAUUUUGAGUUGGGGGAUUAUAAAUGUGGUUCAUUAUUUUUAUUGUUGAAUGCCUGGAAUCACUGGCACAAGGCCCAUGAGCCACAUUUUAUCUCUCACAUAAUGUUUCCUUAAUAAAGCAGGUGGGUCGUGGAGGAAUUUGGUGCCCUAGCAGAAACUCCUCAAUAUGCUUCUGAAGCCACUCUUGUUUCUACUCAACAGCUUAAGCGUUUUAGUGUGUGAAUUUUUGAAUACACUUGGGUGGUUGUUUUCCACUAACUUUAUUUUUAGCUAUCAUUUGCUUAUUUCCCUGAAGCACUCCGAGAUGAUUUAUUUUGGGACUUGGGAGUUCUGUAAUUGUCUUUGGUUGUAAAUUGUCUUGUGUGUAUAUCCUAGGCUGUUGUACGAAGGCGAGUUUAUUGUGCUCGCAUUUUGAAUGAAUGGUUUGGUGUGGGUCUAUUGCAGCAUGCCUUUUCUUCAUCUUGCUCGUUUAAUGCUAGCCUUAUUGGAGCUACAGGCGGACUAAUAAUACCGGAAGCAGUUUAUAGUCAUGUGCGCAAAGAUGGCAUCUGUCGAAGUAGAAUGCAUUGAUGGUUUUGAAGAUGUAAGCUCUGCAUUACUCGUAGUGGAUGCUACAGAACCAGUUCCUCUUAUGGAAGGUGAAGGAAGCUCACUCAGGGUACUGGGUUUUGAUCAAUGUGAGAGGAUUGCAUUCGUAAAGAUUUUGAUGAGGUUUGGCAUUGGGAACUUUUAUUGGAAGAAGUUCGCAGGUUACUUAAAGCAGAAGACUGUUGAAGAAAUACAAGAAUAUGGAAAACUAUUCUUGUCUCACAUUGUUGAAGAUAUAACUGAAUUGCCCACCUUUUCUGAUGGUAUCCCAAAAGAAGGGCUUGACAUAGAAGCUGUUCAUGUCAGAAUUGGAGUGCUGAUGUCAAUAACUGAUAAGGUGAAGUUCUUACAGGAGAACCCAGGCGCUUCUUUUUUUUCAAAGGACAUUGUGCAACUCUACCCAGAGUUGAAGCAUACAAGAUUUUGGAAAGAAGAACAUGAUUUAUUAUUGCUGCUCGGAGUGAUGAAGCAUGGAUACAAGCAAUGGCUAGCUAUUGUUGAUGGGGACGCGACCAUUCGGGAGGCCAUUUGCGAAGAGUUGAACCUGUCCUUCAGAAAUAGUUAUGGCGUCGAAGAAGCCAUUUCUGACAAACGGUUGUAUCAGGCUGUCUUCAUCAAAGAAAGGUUUGAACUUUUGGAGAAAGGACUUGGUACUGAGGAAGCGAACAAAAUUGGCUCCCAAAUCGGAGACGAGGAGGAACGAUUGUCCUUUUGUUUGGUUACCAUUCCGUGCAUUUCCAGGGUGAUUGUUGAUAUAUUAAUUGCUUUAUUGUGCUUGAUCCAUUCUCUUAUAGCAAGACUUGAUUGGAUUUCAUAUGAUUUUUCAUUUAUGGCAGAAUUCAUUCGUCAAUUACUUCUAUACUUUUAUCAGUACUGAAUGUUGACUUGCUUUGAUACUUGUACAGGGUAAUUGAAGAGGUUGCAGAUAAAGAGCCUGAAAGGGAACCAAAGCUCGCCGUCCAUACAUGCAUGUGAAGUGCAUUAUACCUCUGGAACAAUAUACAGUGAUAUCAAGUU